AUGGACAACAUGGAAAUGAAUCAUGCAGACUUGGCACAACUCAAAGAUGAACUCGAAUCCAAAGCGAAGAUCCCAUUUGAAAUCUGGCUGCAGGAGUUUGUGGCUUCACAUAAUCCGUUUCGAAGAUUGUCGCUGUUAUUUAAGGUAUGAAAUAACAUAUUAUUUAUUAUAUAAUAGUUACCUGUGUGCUGCGAGCAGUCUGAUAUUGAUGAAGACAAGGCCAGACAGAUCUCAUUGCACUUUCCAACCAAUCUUCUAAGUCAAUUUAUUCUUCAGCGUAAGUUCUUGGCUAAAAAGACGACCUUCUAGAGAGGGACGAGGAUGUGGUUGACCUAGUGGUGACAAUUAUCAGUAUUAUAAUACCUCUUUGUCCAUUAAAAGACAGAGAAAUGUUCCGGCCGCUUUGUGAGGGUAUCCGAGAAAGUAUUUGUUUAAGGUAAGCUAACUUUUCUUUCUUUAUUUCUGGUGAUUUAGUAGAGGAAUGGAAGAAAAGGAUCUUGAGAAUCGUUUGAAUGCUCUCUGUUUGAUCGGUAUCACUUACCUCUCGGUGGAUGAUAUCAAUGGCAUUCUCAACGUAAUCAUUGGAUUCAUUAAAGAUAAUGUGGAUCACGUGGGUACACAAAUAUCACUUAAAAGUUUUUUAGUUUCCGUCUCGGGUAAUCAUGGACUUCACAAUUGAUGCUCUCAAAACGUUAAACAAGGUGUUCAACACGGAUACUCAGAUGAAUUCUGUAGCUUUAAGUUGGCCCGCGGAUCUAAGAACUGUAAUAGAGCGACUUUUGAGGACAUUCAACAUUCGUAAGUGGGAUUAAUUUAAUAGUAAUGAUUUCAGCUACGGUAUAUUUAACUUUCUCCUUUAUCUCGGCUGGAAUAACUUCUCAGAUAGUCGGCCCUGUAUGGCUGACUUCGAAUAAGAAGUUCUUUCAACUUUUGGCUUCUUUAACUAGUGCUCGAAUUAGGAUUGAAACAGAAGAUCCUAAGAAGGUAGGACCGAAUCACCAUUUCCCUAGUAUAACAUAAAAAUAUUAUUUUAGAUAAACGGUGAUGAAUUGGUUUCCUGUUUUCAACUCGAGGAAAGUUUUGUAAAUUGCAUUGAAACCGACGAAUCCAAUAUCGACGACGAAGUGUAAGUAAUUUGAGUUUUAAAUGUAUGUAUUCAGAGCCACCGCGGUUGGGAAAUCUGUUCAAGAGGCAGCUUCUUUCUGUUGCGAAUAUCUGGGAGCAUGCACAAAGGAGCAAGUGACGUUGGAUAUGGGGAUCAAGUUGGCUUUUUAUCGAUUUAUUUGUAUGUUCGCAACGAUUGGGGGGUUACAAAUCAUACACAAGGACAACUUAACUUCAUCUAUCACUUCGUUGUUGGAGGUUUUUGGUGAGUUUUUAUUUCCUUUAUAUGUUAUCUUAUCUGUUUUUUGCAGAAUAUGCAAUAAGCCAACGUGACCAUGAAACGGCUGCCCUUUUGUUGCCCAAUCUCCCCGAUUUUCCGGUCCUUCCUCGGAAUACUCUGGAUCUCCUUUUAAAAUAUGUCCAAUUAAUUUUUCCCAUUGAUAAGACGGCCUGCCUUUCCCAGAUCUCCCAGGUACUUCAUGAACUCAAGGGUCGCAAAGAAUUCUACACAACCGAAUCUAUGAACUCAGCAGUCAACUUUGCUAAUCAGGCAAAGAGCAAAGAGUUGCUCGAGGCUAUCAGAAGUUAUACAAGCUAGGUCUUAUCAGUAAUGACCAAUUGAGUCCCGGCUGCGAGUAAUUACCUUAUGGGUCUGUUAGUCGUAUUUUUCUUGAUUUCUGUUGUUAUUUUACUGUACAAUUACAUAAAAUCGGUUGUUGAAAGAUGUAUUGAAAGAAUACGUGUGAUUUAUUUGAUUGGGAAGAUCCCCGGUCCCGUCUCUCUUCCGUUGGUGGGGACUACUUGGCAAUUCAAGUGGAAGAUUGAAGGUUCGAUUUAGCUACUGCUAUUUUAUAUUCUUAAAGCAGAUUAAAUUCUAAUUUCAGACUUGACGGAUCAGCUUGUACAAUGGCAGAGAUAUUAUCAGAAUAUAGAGAAAGUGGAUGUGGUCAAGAUAUGGUUAGGACCGUUUCCAAUUGUGGCCAUGUUGUCGCCUAAGGCAGCCAAAAGUAUCCUCGAAAGUAAUGACUACUUAACAAAAGGAGAUGAAUAUCAGAUUGUGGAAAGAUGGCUGGGAACUGGAUUGCUGACAAGUAAGGGGGACAAGUGGAGAUCGAGAAGGAAACUUAUCACCCCUGCCUUCCACUUCUCCAUGCUCAACCAAUAUCAUCAAGUUCAGGACGAAGAGGCUAAAGUAAUUUUAAGCAAAGGUUACUGUAACAUGAUUAUUCAGAUAUUGGUAGAUGUUCUCGAGAGGUAUGCUGUGUCUGGAGAAAGCUUCGACGCAUUCCCUUAUGUUAAAAGAUGUGCUCUUGAUAUUAUUUGUGGUAAGAAUAUCAAUUGUUUUCACGAGUAUUGUAGCUACUGCCAUGGGAAUUAAAGUGAAUGCCCAGACCAAUGUCGACCAUCCUUACGUGGGUGCUGUCAAACAAAUGAAUGAACUCUCCUUUGCCUACUCGCGAAUGCCAUGGCUUUGGUUCAAACCCGUCUGGUAUCUCUCUGGGUUUGGAUAUAAAUACGAUCGCUGUCUGAAAAUGGUGACUGACUUUACUAGGGAUGUAGGUAUUCAAUGGCGUAUUCAUUUAUUUCAGGUGAUCAAAAAAAGGUCGGAAGAAUUCGACUCUAGGAUCCAUGAUGACACAAUGAAUGAUAAGAAGAGAAUGGCCUUCCUUGAUCUUCUGCUUCGAGUAAAACAAGAAGGACAUCUAACUAAUGAGGAUAUUCGGGAAGAAGUGGACACAUUCAUGUUUGAGGGGCAUGACACAACAUCAUCGGGUAUGGCAUGGACUCUCUGGUGUCUUGCUCAUCAUCCAGAAUAUCAACAAAAGGUCUGGGAAGAAGUCGACUCAGUCUUUGGUAGGCUGAUUAAAUCUCCUAAAUCUCUGCUUUUAGGUAAUUCUUCGCGCCCUUGCACCGUGGAUGACCUGAAGAAAUUGUGUUAUCUUGAGCAAUGCAUCAAGGAGUCUUUCCGUCUCUACCCACCUGUCCCCUUUUUCACUCGAAAACUUGAGUGCGACAUUGAAUGUGGUACGCUUUUAACACCAUAUUUUACGGAUUUCGAUUUUUUUGUAAGGGUUUUGAUCUUCGUUUUAGGUGGUUAUACAAUUCCAAAAAACACGACCGUCCUUCUGAGUCCAGGAACUCUUCACACGCAUAAAAAAUCCUUCUCUGAUCCCUAUACUUUCGAUCCUGAGAACUUCAAGAUUGAGAACAUCCAUAGCCGGGAUGCUUUCUCGUUUAUCCCAUUUUCCGCCGGGCCCAGAAAUUGUAUUGGCCAGAAGUUUGCCCUUAUGGAAGAAAAGACUGUUCUGUCUUGGAUCUUCAGAAUUUAUGAAAUCCGUCCAACCCGUGACUUCCCAGAGAAUUGUCCCUGCCCCGAGAUUAUACUCAAACCCAGUUUAGGUCUCCCGAUUACUGUACAUUUCCGGAAUAAAAAUUAAGAAAAUGGUUGAGCAUUAAUACGUCUGUUAUCGUGGCUAAUCUUACUGCUUAUAACGCGAAACCUUUGCUUCUUCUUAUUCUUUCAGUUUAUGCCGUUUCAGAUGGCCCAAGCUCGAGGUCUUUUUAUAGUCUUUGAAGGAUUAGAUCGAAGUGGGAAGUCAACCCAAUCCAAGAAGAUUGAGGCAUAUCUCCAAAAGAAAGGAUAUCCUGUUCGCAUCCAAAGAUAUCCUGGUAAUUAGCUAUCAAGGACCCAAUAAUGUUGUUUCAGAUCGAGAAGAACCGACCACUGGCCCAAAGAUUGACGAGUUCUUAAGGACAGCGAAAGAUGUAAAACAAGAUGCAAUCCAGAUACACAAUCUCUUCGUAGACAACAGACGUCAUCUCGACGAAAGAAUAAGAAAAGAGAUUUUUGAGGGCAAUAUAAUCAUCGCAGAUAGAUACUCUUUCUCGGGAGUGGCCUAUAGCGCGGCCAAAGACAUCCCUGAGCUUGGCCUAGAAAAGGCUUGCGAAUCGGAAGUAGGACUUCUGAAGCCUGAUUUGGUCUUUUUUCUGAAGGCUGACUCGGCAGUCACAUCCAAACGAGAUGAAUUCGGGGGCGAAGCAUUCGAAAAGACCGAAUUUCAGUCCAAGGUCUACGAGAACAUAAAAAAAAUCAUCAACUUCGAAUUCUGGAAGGUAAGGUGAUCCAAGGUCGCGCGACAUUCUUUGUUUCAGGAAGUAAAUGCCUCUCAAUCAAUAGAUGAAGUCUUCGCUGAUAUAAAAACAGAGAUCGACGCGCUUUUAGAAACGAGAACUCAGCUAGCCGAACCCAAAUCCUUAGCUCUCAGCGACUUUAACAUCCAUCAAUCUCAGGAAGCUUGA